GGCUGUGGUUUUUCCCUCCCCUGCAGAAAUGAUUGACCAGAAGGCCAUGUACUUCUUCAACCUGACUUCCAUGCAGGACUCGGAAAUGAUCCUCACGGCCACAUUCCACUUCUACUCAGAGCCUUGGUGGCCCAGGGCACGGGAGGCACCCUGCAAGCAGCGGGCCAAGAACGCGUCCUGCCGCCUACUGCCCCCUGGGCUGCCCACACGCCAGCACCUGGUCUUCCACAGCCUCUCCCAGAACACGGCCACGCAUGGGCUACUCCGUGGGGCCAUGGCCCUGACACCCCCUCUGAAGGGCCUGUGGCAAGCCAAGGACAUCUCCCCCAUUGUCAAGGCUGCCCGCAGGGAUGGUGAGCUGCUCCUCUCAGCCCAGCUGGAAUCUGGGGAGAAAGACCCAGAGGUCUCCAGGCCCAACCACCAGGCACCCUAUAUCCUCAUCUAUGCCAAUGACCUGGCCAUCUCAGAGCCCAAUAGUGUAGCAGUGACCCUACAGAGAUAUGACCCCUUCCAGGCUGGAGACACAGAGCCUGGUGCUGCUCCCAACAGCUCAGUGGACCCUCGAGUCCGUAGGGCCACACAGGCCACUGGACCCCUCCAGGACAAUGAACUCCCAGGGCUGGACGAGAGGCCCGCACACACCUCCCACACCCAGCACUACCACAAGCAUGAACUCUGGCCUAGUCCAUUCCGAGCACUAAAGCCCCGGGUAGGCCGUAAGGACCGGAGGAAGAAGGGCCAGGAUGUGUUCUUGGCCUCCUCACAGGUGUUAAACUUUGAUGAGCAGACAAUGCAGAAAGCCCGGAGGAAGCAGUGGGAUGAGCCGAGGGUCUGCUCCCGGAGAUACCUCAAGGUGGACUUUGCGGACAUUGGGUGGAAUGAAUGGAUCAUCUCCCCCAAGUCCUUUGACGCCUAUUACUGUGCGGGAGCAUGCGAGUUCCCUAUGCCCAAGAUUGUCCGUCCAUCGAACCAUGCCACCAUCCAGAGCAUUGUCAGAGCUGUGGGUAUCAUCCCAGGCAUCCCAGAGCCUUGCUGUGUUCCUGACAAGAUGAACUCCCUUGGGGUCCUCUUCCUGGAUGAGAACCGGAAUGUGGUUUUGAAGGUAUAUCCUAACAUGUCUGUGGAGACCUGUGCCUGCCGGUAAGACCAGCUGUUCUGGGACACCAGGAAAUAUCCCUGUGACUCUAUGCCCAGCAGGGCAAUGUUCUCAGAGACUUCUGGAAUGGAGACUUAACUGGAGGGUACAGCUCAAAAGCAGAGUAGAGCUCCCACACAACCUUGCUGGAUCCCAGAAAUAGCCAUCACUGUUAGAUGUCAUUUAGGGACCUUUCUUUGGUAGUGACAGUCUCCUAAAUUCCACUUUGAAUACUCAUUAAAAAAAGUCUCGACAUUAGCUGGUAUCUAGUUGGACCUGAUAGUUGCCCAUGGCCCAUUUCCACUACUCUGAAGGUGGGAAAACACAGCAUGUCCACAAAAUGGGCUUUUGUGGUCAUCAUAUCAGAACCUGCAAGAAAGACUGAAGAUCUGAGGUUACUCAGCCCCUUCAUUUUGGAGAAAACCUCUGUUUCAAAAAAUAAGUUUGAAACAUUUUGACCACAUACAAAUACUAGAAAGCAUCGCCUAAAUAAUGAUCUAAAGGAAUGUUCUUCCCAGCUGUACUGCACAAGCUUUUAUACAUACAGUAUGCUUAUAUAACCAAGUUUGGUUUCUUUCUCUUAAUAUAUAUUUUAUUUUAAAAUAAAAAGGAGGGUGUUGACAUCGGUUACGGAGGUAAUCAAGCUGGUUAAGAGUGCUCUGUUUAAAUAUGCAUAUUGAAGUAACACAGGCAGUCAUAUGUUAGAAUACUAAAAAAUAACCAAGAUUUUUAUAUUUUUGUAAAUUAUACUUUCUAUAUGGUAGAUUGUGUAUGUCAUGUGUUUUUAUGAAAAACUAAUAAAGAUGCGGUGGUAUCUUGAAAAAUCUUGAAUGUCACCUGUUCCAAAAUCUUGA